GCCUCCUGAGUGCAGCAGAGCAGGGACUGUGCAGUCCUGCUGUUAGGAAACAUAAUGGAGUGAGGUGAAGUAGCUUUGGCAGAUCGAGAAAUUACACCAUGCAUCUGUUUGUAAAAAAGCUUUAUUGGGGGUGGGGGGUGGAGGAGUGAGGUCCUGGGGAAGGGAUAGAGGCAGAGAAGUGGACAUAUGACAGGCAGAGAGAGAAAGAAGCGCACACCGGGAACAGAGAGAUGGCCUGCCAAGUAGGGAGAGAGCUCUGGUGGCUGGUGAGUGGAUACUUUCAUCCUGAAACAGGCCGGGAGCUCCUGGUGGCAUCAGCAGGUGAUGGCAGGCGAUGAUGACAGAAGUCUUUGCUAGGUCCCCAAGAGUAGACUUGUGGACCUGCCUGUACCCUAACAGGCGCAAGUUCUAUGGCAAUGUCAUUCUCUCCGGGUCUGGGACAGUUCUGCGCCUGAGCGGAGGCCAGGGCUGGGAACCACUGUGCUGUGACACUUCACAACCCUCGGCGUCUAGGGGAGCUGUCACUCAUGCCUCACUAGCCAAUCACGAUCUCCAGGUGGAUCCGCUAGCCAGAAUGGGGAGAGCACUUCCGUUCCCCAAUACUAAAGGUUCGGGCUCGAGUCUGAGGGAGGCUCUUGUGGUUCCGUAUCCUGGUCUGCCACCCGCUGCCCGGAGCUGUGAGGAGAGCGGGGCGAGCUCGGUCUCCACGCCAUGGUGAGCGGGGCCGCCGUCCCCACGCGGGGAGGAGCCGCGGGAGACUGUGUGGGGUUCGUCCCGGGGUGCGGGAACCGGCGGCCAGACUCGCCGCCCGGCGUGAUUGCGUUGUUCACCUGAGGUCCCUGCACCUCCGGAGCGGAAGCGGGACGUCUGACUUCGAUCCCGGGCUGCGCCUGCGCAGAGUGUGGGGCGCGGGUCCUGGAGUGAAAACACCUUGUUGCUGACGUCACCAUGCAGUGAGCGUCUCAGCUGCUUUUCCUGUGUCCAGGGAAGGCAGAUGUGCUGACUCGCAGAACCCUAGUUUCUCCGGUGCCUUCUACAAGUUCUGCACUUGGCACUUGAUGUUCAGGAGUAGGAUCCGUCCACAGUUAACUCUGUGCAGAUGCAAAGUGUUUGUCAUCGACACAGGCUUGUAGAUGCCUUGGCGGUCCAGUCACCUGUGUUGUUUGCUCUUAUGUUCUGUUGAUCUCUAUUCUUUCCCAGGAAGUGCUAUGCAGGCAGGUUUGAUAAUACCGUGCAGAGAAAAGAUACAUACUUAAACCUGAGUUUGGAAGCCUCCAAUUGUUUAAUCUCUUCUUAGACAAAGAUGCAAUGACCUAUGAGGAUGUACAUGUAAACUUCUCUCAAGAAGAGUGGGCUUUGCUGGAUCCUUCUCAGAAGAGUCUCUACAAGGAUGUGAUGCUGGAAACCUACUGGAACCUUACUUGUAUAGGCUACAUGUGGGAAGACUGCAAUAUUGAGGAUCAACAUCAAAGUUCUGGAAGACAUAGAAGGUGCAUCAACUGUCCCUCUGCAUAUGGAAAGAAGCAGUGUACCAAUCUCUUUCCUAGAACAAUUAGACGAAGAUACGUAGUCACCCCCUUUGUGAGUAGAGGAGGUGAAUGUGAUACAAGUUUACAAGUACUUGGUUUUCCAGCUUCAGUGGGAAUACAUCAAAAUACUGACACUGGAGAAAAGCCCUCUGCGGACAAGGAACAUGGAAAACCUCCUGUCUGUCCUGGUUCACUUUGCACAUGUAGUGUGACUCACACUAUAGGAAAAUGUUAUGAAUGCAGUCAGUGUGGUAAAGCUCUGAGUUCUUCCUGUUCUCUUCAGAGAUGUGACCAAAGUCAUAUGGGAAAAGGAAAUGAUAAAUGUGAGCCAAGUAGUAAAAGCUUAACCCAUCCCAGGUAUCUUCAAAUACAGAAGAUUGCCUAUAAUGAAGAGGACCUCUAUGUGUGGAAUCCAUGUGGUAAAUCCUCUUUACAGCUACACCGAAGAACUCAUUUGGAAAUGAAAUACUCCGAAUAUAAUCAUGAAGAUAAAGUCAUUUCACGUCAGAAUCGUAAUCAAGUAGGUAGAACUAAUACUGGAGACACAAAGCAUGACUAUCAUCAAUGGGGUAAAGCCUUUGCAUGUCCCAGUUAUCUUCAAAUAUAUGAAAGAAUUCAUACUGAAGAGAAACCCUAUGAAUGUAGUCAAUGUGGUAGAGCCUUUACAUGUCACAGUACUCUUCAAAUCCAUGAAAGAAUUCAUACUGGAGAGAAACCCUAUAAAUGCAAUCAAUGUGGUAAAACAUUUGCAUGUAAGAGGUAUCUUCAAGUACAUGAAAGAAUUCAUACUGCAGAGAAACUCUUUAAAUGUAAUCAGUGUGGUAAAGCCUUUGCACGUAAUAGUUAUCUUCAAAUGCAUGAAAGAAUUCAUACUGGUGAGAAACCCUAUAAAUGUAAUCACUGUGGUAAGGCCUUUGCAUGUAACAGCAAUCUUCAAAAGCAUGAAAGAAUUCAUACUGGAGAGAAACCCUAUAAAUGUAACCAAUGUGGUAAAGCCUUUGCAUAUAGCAGUAAUCUUCAAAAGCAUGAAAGAACACAUACUGGAGAGAAACCCUAUAAAUGUAAUCAAUGUGGUAAAGCCUUUACAUGUCAUAGUAGUCUUCAAAUCCAUGAAAGAAUUCAUACUGGAGAGAAACCCUAUAAAUGUAACCAAUGUGGUAAACCCUUUGCUCGUAAAAAGUAUCUUCAUAUUCAUGAAAGAAUACACACUGGAGAGAAACCCUAUGAGUGUAAUCAAUGUGGUAAAUCCUUUGCAUAUAGCAGUAGUCUUCAAAAGCAUGAAAGAAUUCACACCGACAAAAACAUCCCCCAGUCAUCUAAGAAAUGAGGAAUAACUUUCCAUACCAAAUUCAAUUUCCCCACUGAGCUCUCUCACUAGUGCUUGAUUAAGAUUACUAGAUCCAUUCCUUCUUUAAAAUACUGUCUCCUUUUCACAUUUUAUAUGUAUUGUCAUCACAAAAUACAGGAGUACUAUAUAAUUUGAAUAAUAAAACUGUGAAUGAAAAUGAUAUUUAUGUGUCUUUUUUAUUAUUAUUUUAUUCUGAGCCUAAAACUUGUCCUUAACACUUUCACAAAAACACAAAUGUAUGCCAGAGAGUUGUCUCAGGGAAUAAAAGUGAUGGCUGGUAAGCUUGAAGACCUAAGUUAAUU